GUUACAACCGAUGAUUACAUUGCUGGGCAUUGCGCGCUUAGAUCCGUGACAGAGAUCCCCUGAAACUCUUGUAUAAAUACCGACAAGCAUGGUGAAACUUUAACACGGUUGCCACGUAAGUCUUCCAGGACUCUUCAAACAUGUAAGUAAUAAAGUGGCUUUUUUAAAUCUCAUAUGUAUAUAUAUAUAUAUAUAUAUAUAUAUAUCUUUUAUUUAUUUAUUUUUUAGGGGGGGGGGUUACAAUAUUUUCCAAGUGAGGAGAAAAGGAGGAGUGGGGGGGUGUUUGGUCGGUGAGAUGGUCAGUCAUUUCAUAUAUAUAUAUAUAUAUAUAUAUAUAUAUAAAAAAAAAAAAAAAUUCAUAAAAAAAGAACCAAAAAAAAGACCAAACAAAAUCAAAAACAUUUUAAAAAAAAAAAAAAAAAAAAACAAAAAAAAAUUGCAAUCUAACAUUUGAAUAAAUUAGUAACAGAGUGGGGAAAUGAGAUCCAAAUAUUUUCUCAAAAUAUAUUUAAAUAAACAGUAAACAUUGAAUGUCUUGAGGAACUUAUUCUUUUUUUCUAUCUCGAUAUUCACCAGAAAUCGUCGAAAUGACUCUCAGCCUAUUUUACAUCCUCUGCCUGGCCCCAUUGGCCACACUGGCCUUUGUGAAUCCGGGUAAGAAAAACCUCUUCUUGGGUUUGCUGUUUUGUUGUAGGAACCGGUCAUCGGUUUGAGAAAACCGGUUUUACAAUGCAAUCUCAACAUAUUCCGCAUAUCAAGGCCAUAUUUUAACACAUUUUGGUAAUUCGUUUGUAGAAGUUGAAAGUCUCUUUUUUUUGUGUUGUUUUUGGUUUGUUUUAGAACACACGAAGCGGAUCUAUUCUCUAGACGCUUUUGAUACCACGGUUUGGUACCCAGAACCUACGCCUACUACCCCCCCCCCACCCCACCCCCAAUACACACACCAACAAACCACAAUCCCGUAAAGUGUGCGAUGAUAUGUAUUUGAUGCCAGCAGAGCAUAUUCCGGAGAGCCUAUUCAAUUAUCACGUAGCAUAACUAGCAGAGGCGUAGCGAGGGGGUGGCAGGGGGGGGACAGAUGUCCCCGGGCGCAAGCUAGUUAGGGGCGCCAAAAUGUGCGUUGAUAUUAUAUUAUUGGUAAAAUUAAUGGGUUUGAGAGUUGAAAAAAAGAAAAAAGGGGCGCUUUAAUAUGGAUCUUGUCCCCGGGCGCGAAUCUUGUCCUCGGGCGCCAAACACCCUCGCUACGCCUCUGAUAACUAGGCGACACAGUGGCUGUCGAAAACACUGCCACUCAAACACCGGAUCUGCUCUACAAGACUUUGAAUGUAAACAAGAAUCUCAAUGAGCACACAUUUUACUUGUUAAUUCCGACAAAGUAUUUUUAUUUAGUUAAUGCAUCUACUUCCAUUCAAUUCACUAUAGCUAAAUAAUCCCAACCACAUGGUUUAUUCAAGGGGGGGGGGGUCCGGCAAACUAAGGCUCGCGGGUAGGUCUUGGCAUUACCUAUACUUGCGUGAGAAGACAUUUUUGAAAAUGAAAUAUGUAAUGUUUGAUGAUUAAUUGAUUGCUUGCAUGGCGCUUGUCUCCAUGCUGUUCUAGCGUGCUCAAACUCAAAGCGCUCUGCUGUCAUCCCGUGUAUAGCCCCAGAGCAGCCUUUACAUGAUCAGCACUUGUCAACAAUUUUGAUGACAGUGCUGACUUUGGGCCUCAAACAAAACGUCAUUUUGUCAGAAAAAGAACCAGUUUCGUGGUUCUCGUUCUCACUGAUGUGAAAAAAAAGAUGAUGUACACUGCAAUUUAAAGUUGCUGUUUUUUCAUGUACUAUUUUUUAAAAAAAUGUAUAUGGAAUCUCAUUAAAAUUAUUGUACUCUGAUUAUAUCAUCAUGACACCAAUUUCUAAAUCCACUUUUCCUUUAGACAAGAAGAAAAAAAAUGUGUCUGACGUGUUUGAAAUAUACGGUACCCUUUUUUCUUUUUAAAAUAAAAAGAAAAAUUGAUCUGAUUCUGAUACUCAAAUCGUGAUCUCAAACAAACCGUCUGCCCGCGCACUCCACCCCCCCCACCCCACCCCCCGCGCUACUUACCGACUCUUGUCCAAAAAAAAAACCAAGUUUGCGCACCUCUGGUGUAAGAGAUGCAUACCUUGUUAAUUUUUUCCACAGCGAUCUACACCUUGUGGAUGAAAGUGCGUUCAUGUAAGGGUGGCGACAUUGUGACAAUAGAUUCCGACUUGUCAUCGUGGUAUAGCGACAGAAAGGGUAAACUCCUACUAUUUAUUCCUUACAGCACAACCUUCCUUACGCUUCCCACCAGUCUGUGUCAAGGACUUCUGCAGCGACAGACCCGACGGCAACUACCGUCACUGCCACCCACAGCAAUGCGUAGAGGGCGUCUACGUCAGCUGCUCUAACGGAAUCGCCUAUGUCAUGCAAGUGUUCAGUUUACGACAUAGCCCUUUUUUUGGGGGUAAAUGUUGAGAUUGAUACCCGGGGUUUCCCAUCAUGUCCGCCAUCUCAGUUGAGAAGUCACGUGAAGUGUCAACCAAGAUGGCGGCCAAAACGUAGUGCAAAAAACGUGUUAUGAAACGACCCCCUCCCCAGACCCUUCCCCCACUGUAAAUACCAAAAUCAGAAACAAAUAAAUUAUCUGGGGAGGGGUCACCCCUCCCCAGAACCCCUCCCCAAAAUCUUGAUUCGUAUAGAAAUAUUGAUGACUUGAAAAUCAUGCGGAUCUAGAAAGGUGUGAUUAAAUAUUAAGUCACUGUCUUAUUGUGGUCCGGUGUCCGGCGGUAAGUUCAAAGUACCCAAAAUCUUGAUUCGUAAAAUAACGAAUUAUUAUCAUUUAAAAAUUUCAUUGUUUUGUGUUGCUUUUAAAAUCGUUCAUUACCAUGCAUUUCUGAACCUAACCCAAAGCCUAAGGCCACAAGUAAGCAGCAACGGUUAGCAGCCGUAAAAGAAAAACACAUGGAAUUUGAAAAUGAACACAAAAAUAAUUAUAAAACCAAGAAAUAAUGAAAACCCAACUUACAGUUGUAUGAAAUACACACUUUUAGUCCACUUUUACACACUUUAUUACAGGUUCCAAAUAAAAAAAAAUAUGCACAAAUAAUAGGAGCCCCACUAGGCCAACAUGUUGAAAAGAUGGUAGCAGCACAACUGCCGGCACUAGGCCAACCAAUGAUAAUUUAAAAUUAUAAAUAAUCAACCAAUUAAAAUUCCUAUCAUCAUCACUUCCGCCAAUUAUAAAAUGAAUAAAGGGGAAUAACUCAUGCACAAAUAUUUAUUAAACACGCAAAUGACGUCAUGGGUAUUAGUCUCAACAAUAGCCUUCUUGGUAAUUGGUAAAAUCGUUUUCAGUUUUCGCGGUUUGGCCCCCCCCCCCUUUCCCAACCCCCUUUAUUUUUGUAGAGUGCUGUAUAUCGGGCACUAUGUAUUACAAUUACAGUCGAACACAAUGUACCAUAAGCAUCUACGAAGAUGGUUUUAAAAAAAAAAAACGAAUUAAAAGCGUUUUCUCCGGUUAAUAUUCAUCAUUUAAUGACCAUGUGAUUGAUCCCAGUUGACUAUAUCAACUUGAUAUGACCUACGUCUCAACGGGGACGAAGUUAGAUUAAGUUCAGACCGGCUACGCCAUGUUCGUGAGUUGACCGAUUUUUCAAAAAAAAAAAGUUAUUUUAAAAAAUUUAAUAUUUGCAUUAAAAUGCAUUCUUUAAAUUUAAAUACACGUUUAAUUAAGAGAUUCUGAUCGUGGAACAGAUUUUUUAAAACUUGUUUUGUGUGUGUGUGGGGGGGGGGGUAUUAUAGAGGGAGAUUGGUGCAUUCCUCCAUAAUCAAGAAUUCGUACCCUCUGUUAAAAGGAGUGCUCCGAGACAGCCGUUUCGUCCCAGCCACAGUCACAUUAGUGUUGACGGUAGCGAGUUUUUUUUUCUCUAAGGGCGAUAGUCUACACCCCUAUGUGUAAUGAGGGAAGGCAAUGGGGGUAUUUCAUGAAGCCACUCCAAGCACUCAGAAAUUCAAGUACAGUGGCCGCCCACCGUUUGAACUGCUGCUAUGUUGAGAGUGCUUUGGAAUCAUUAAAAACAUGUGGUUUUUUUAUUUGUUUGAAUCUCUCUCCCAGGACGUGUCCAGGAUGGCUGUAUUUUCACGAAGACACCAACCAGUGUAACUACACCCCAGACUGCCCCGAGUUUUGGUUCCCAGACACGAAGUACGUAUUUCUUGCACUAUGUCAAUGAGGAAAAAACAACACCACCACCACAUCUUAUGUGUCACUGCGAAAUUUACUAUAACAGAUUGCAGACGACAUUAAGCUUUAUUAAUACUAUGGGAUUACAAACACACAAAUAAAUGUUUACUCUUGUUAACUUACAUACGUUCCAACCAUUUGUUGUUUGCAGGCAAAGCGUGCCUCCAGUUCAGCCACAGCCCGCUCCUGCAGCUCAGCAGCAGUAGAGAACCCAUGGAAAGUUCAAGGACACCACCAUUUUUCAUUUGUAAUGUAGUUCCAUUUUUUUUAUUGCGGUACACACGAAACAAAAACUUUUUUUCUUUUUUUUUAAUAAUAAAAAUCGCAGUUACAAUUUUCUUGAAAAUUCUGAAAUGUUAAACUAAUUUCAAAUCCUCUAAUAUGGGUUCAUUCGAUUAAAGCUUUUCGAAAGA